ACAGCAUGAGUGAUUGCAUUAACUCAUCAAACACCUUGUCACUUUGAAUCAGAGUGACUAGUUUUCUUUUUAAUGCAGGAGCCCUUUCCCAUGGGUACUAAAAUUCGAUCAAAACCCGGAAAGCCUCGAACAACCAGCCCAGAGAACAAUAGCCAAGUUAGCUCCUCGACUUCAGCAAUGGGGGAGAAACCUUCCAAUGGGGUAGAACCUUGGUCAGGUUAUCCCAAGUAUUCUAACUGAGCUAUCUGCUUUACCAAGCAGUAAUUGUGGAAGAGUAGUUUUGAUCAUCCAAAUGCAUUUUGUAACUAUAGUUUCUUGACCAUUUCAUCUGUUUCUAGGAAAAUUUUUGUAUGAAUGGCCAAUAUGAGCAUAGAGAACAGCUUAAAAAUGUUCCCAAGUCUAUGCCUAACUCCAGGGAUUCUUCUUGCUCUCAGUUUUGUAUACUGAUGUCUCCAGAUGUAAUUUUCUUUCUUUUUGCUCAAGGAGGGAGAGAGAAAUGUCAUAUUAUAAGUUUUCUAGUAAUUGAAUUUUUAAACUUCCUUCUUCUUUCAUUCUUCCCUUUUUUUCUUUUUUUUUUUUUAAGAAACACUUUUUUCUUAA